ACUCCUACCCACUAACAACACAUGCCUGAUCUGGUCAAAUUUAAUAUCAAGCUUGUAAAAUGGUCAUUAGACUACGAUAGUUCUGAUUCCAAUGAUCUAAUAUCUACUCCUAUUGUGUUGCAAGACAAAAAUGGACCAUGCCCCUUGAUUGCUCUUAUCAAUACCCUUAUGUUAAGUAAUGAUUUGAACUUAAGUCGUCUGGACUAUAUCCCAUCCAAUCAAGCCAAGAGUGACGCCAUCUUGCAUUUCAAACUGGUAUUGCUCCAACAUGAAUCGGUGGCUAUCGAAUUGGACUUGUUGUUAAAACAUCUUGGUGAUUUACUUUUGGAGUUCACCCAAGACAAUAAGUCGGGGUUGCGCUUUGAAAUUGACCAAUUGUUAAAUAGUUUACCCUUGUUACAUACUGGAUUAACUGUUAAUCCUAAUUUGAUCAAUGGUGAAUUUAAUCCCGAGGACUUGUCAACUAGCUUGUUUACCGUGUUUGAUUUGAAGUUUAGACACGGCUGGGUUAUAAACCAAAUUGAUAAUGAAAAUAUCGAAUGGAACGAAGAAGCAGCUCCCCAGGAGGGAUCUCUGAGUUCUCAUGCCGACAAUUACGCCCAAGUUGUAGAAUUAUUUAAUGAGUUGCAAACAUUUGAUAGAAUUCAGGAUUAUCUUUUAUUAGACUCCACCAAAGAUCCUAAACUUGCUCAUAAUCAAACACUUAUUCAUAAAUGGUUAGACUUGAACCGAACUCAACUAACGAGAAUUGGAUUGGAUAAGUUGAAUUUAUGCUUAGUCAAUGAACAGUUUGUGGUCUUGUUUAGGAACAAUCAUUUCAGUACCAUGUUCAAGAAAUCAGAUAAGGAAUUCUACGUGCUUAUAACCGACACUUCGUUCCAAACUUCAAAAUCAUCUUCGAAAAUCAUUUGGCAGAGUUUGAAUUCGAUUUCUGGUAAUGAUGAUUUGUUCUUUACCGGUGAUUUCUUGCCUGUGUUGAAUGUAGAUCAGGAACCUCAAGAACAGUACGACACGGACUAUUUAUUAACCAAACAAUUGCAAGAAGAGGAAGAUGAAGCAUUAGCUAAAAGAAUGCAACAAUCUUACGACAAAAAAUUAGUAAAAUCUGAAAACCAGGCAAAAGAACAAAAGACUCCUACGCCUGCCCCCAAACCUAUUGCAAAAGAUGCCCCCAAGAAAAAGAAGAAAAAGAGUGUAUGUGUAAUUGUUUAACUUUUUAUUAGAUACAUUUAGAAAUAUAGUACAAUCUAUUUAGUCUUCUUCUGCUUCAUUGAAUUCAUCACUAACAUCUUUAUCAGAAUCUUCAUCUGACUUGGCAUCUUCAUCUUCUUCUUCCUCCUCUUCUUCUCCUUCAUAUUCCAUAGGAUCAAAUUCACUUCUGAUAUUAUCCAUUCUCUUUAGUUCAUUAGUAGUUGGUUCUCUCAACUUGAAGUUUAUACCAUCCAAAGUACUAUCUCUCAAGAAUCUAUUAAUUUCACUGUUAGUUGAAGCUCUAUGUUUCUUUAAGUCAAUUUUACCAGCAAUUGGAUAGAAAUAAGCAACUUUUCUCUUCUUGGUACCUUCUUCAGGGAUAAACUUUAUUCCUAAUUCUUCAGUUUCCCUCUUGUUUCUUUGGAACUUCAUAUCAUAAUUCUUGACAUAUUUAAACUUGUAUUCUUCUAAAACAUCUUCUUCUUCGUCCAACAAGUUGACAGGUCUUUCUCGUUCAGUUGAUUUCAAUCUCUCAUUUAAUUCACUAGCUUUCUUUUCAUCUUUAACUUGGAAUAAAGAAAUCCAUUCACCGUCAUCAGAAGUGAUUGGUUUAAGAAUACUUGAUUCAAGGGAAUCACGAACAAACUUCUCAUUAAACUUGUUUCCUUGUGUACGCUUCAACAUUUCAAUUUCUCUGUGAAUAGAAGCUGAUCCGGUAAACUUAACCAUAAGGAAUUUAUUAUCCAUCAUAGAAGUAUCCGGUAAUAAUGGCCAUACAUCCACAGCACGUAAAUGUUUCUUUUUUGGAUGACGAAUCUUAUCAAAGUUAACCAAAGACUCUUGUGCCUUGUCAAAAGUAUCUUCAACGGCCUUCAACUGGCUAUCAGCAUCCAUCAUUUCUUCUUCCUCGGCAAUCUUCUUAACUCUAGUAGUUUCCUUCUUUUGAAGCUCGUCAACGGCUCCACCUUUACUGCUUGGUCUAGCCUCACUCAUAUACUCAGUACGUCUAAGGAAACUAACCCCUGGUUCUGAUUUAGAAAUCUUACCAAUCCCAGCAUCUCGUAAAAGAGCUCUAUCCUUGGGAUGUAAUUGAAUAUUUCCCGUCUUACCACUAAUAACUGAAUCAUUGCCUAAAUCCAAGAAUCCGGAAUUGUCGAUUAAAUUCAAUCCCAUCCCAUAAAAAUCAUCAACUUGAGCUAACAAACUUUGGAAGUUCUCCUUACGGAACAAACUACUCAUUAACUGUUCCCCUUCGACUUUCGAAGAGGUAGUUUCGGUCGUAUUGUAAGCAAUGAAUUUGGGAUUUAAUGGUGGGGGUGGUAAAUUGUUUGUGUAUCGUACUUUGGCUAUAUAAUCUUGCCUUGUAGGUUUGGAUGAUGAUGGUUGUGACAUGAUUGAUGAUUAUAUGAUGGUUCGU